AUGGCUACAGGGGAGCAGAGGCAACAGGAGCGACGCCGGCAGAGGGCUCGGCAGCAGGAGCUGCUCCCGGCAGAGAUCCUGGGCAAGCACCCGCUGCAGAACAGAUGGGCACUGUGGUUUUUCAAGAAUGACAAAAGCAAGAUGUGGCAAGCAAACCUGCGCCUUGUCACCAAAUUCAACACCGUGGAGGACUUCUGGGCGCUGUACAGUCACAUCCAGCUCGCCAGCAAGCUCACAGCUGGCUGUGACUACUCCCUCUUCAAGGAUGGCAUUGAGCCCAUGUGGGAGGACAGCCAGAACAAGCGUGGUGGGCGCUGGCUCAUCACCCUGGCCAAGCAGCAGCGACACACCGAGCUGGACCGGUUCUGGCUGGACACACUGCUGUGCCUCAUUGGGGAGAUGUUUGAUGAGUACAGUGACGAGGUGUGCGGGGCCGUCAUCAACAUCCGCACCAAGGGGGACAAGAUUGCCAUCUGGACCCGGGAAGCGGAGAACCAGGAAGGGGUCACCCACAUUGGGCGUGUCUACAAGGAGCACCUGGGUCUGUCACAGAAGGUGGCCAUUGGCUACCAGGCUCAUGCGGAUACGGCCACCAAGAGCAGCUCCCUUGCCAAGACCAAGUUUGUGGUGUGA